AUGGUUUCUACCACUGCCUCUAGCCCAAUGCCCUCGAGCACUGCCCUCUGCGGCACCCCUACGCAGUAUGACCUUCCAGUCAAGGACGUCGCCUGCGGUGUCCCAAACCGCAAUAACAACCCCGACCUCAUGAAGAUGUGCUGCAACGGUGCUCCCGUCGUGGCCUACGAUAACGACUGUGCUUUGUACUGCCUGGCCUACAAGCAGAGUGCUGAUGCGCUCACGCACUGCCUCUUCGAUGGCAAACUCCCUUACCAGGAUGCUUGGUGCAACCGCAAAAACACGAACGAGACUGCCACCCAGACCAGCCUCCCCAGCGAGACCGGCUCCCCUAGCGAGUCAUCAUCCCCAUCCUCCUCCGCAUCCACAACCGAGUCUGGCUCUCCAAAGCCCACCGGCAACUCUGCUCCUGGUGGCCGUUUCAGCACUGCCUUCGCCGUCAUCUUCACCGUCGGCAUCAUUGUUGGCGUCAUGGUCUAA